AUGGCUUCCCCCCAGCUCAAUUACUGCGCCUACGUCGACCCCAGCUCCGGGGAUCGCAUCGGCCAUCUCGACCUGCAGACAGAACACAUCCAACCACUGUCAUUCACGUCCGGCACGCGCAUCAACAACCUAUACCAGGUCAUCGAAGCCGGUGAAGCCAACAUCCUACCCUCUCGUGAAGACCCAAUCCCUCUAUCCCAGGUCAAAUUUCUCCCGACUAUCUCUGGCCGCGACAUCCUGGCCGUGGGGAAGAACUACGCCGAACACGCCAAAGAAUUCAACUCCUCAGGCUUCGACUCUUCAGACAAAGUCGACCAGCCCAGUACGCCAGUAAUCUUCACCAAACGAGCAACGUCCAUCAUCGCGCACGGCGAGGAUGUGCUCCUCCACCCGGAUUUCACACAAACGCCCGACUACGAGGGCGAAAUCGGCGUCAUCGUCGGAAAGGCAGGAUAUAAGAUUCCCGAGGCGCAGGCGAUGGACUAUGUCUGGGGAUAUACCAUUAUCAAUGACUUCACGGCCCGCGAGAAACAGCGCGACCAUAAGCAGUUCUAUAUCGGCAAAUCGCCGGAUACAUACUGUCCCAUCGGGCCUGUUGCUGUGCCCAAGGAGAGACUGCCGGAGAAUCUGCGUCUGCAGACGUUUGUGAAUGGCGAGAAGAGACAGGAUGCUACAAUCGAUCAGUUGAUAUUCAGCAUCCCGAAUUUGAUCUCGACGCUGUCUCAGGGCCAGACGAUUCAGCCUGGGGAUACCAUCGCAACCGGGACCCCGUAUGGCGUGGGCUUUGGGUUUAGGCCAAUGAAGUUUCUCAAGGCUGGUGAUGAGGUGAAAGUCUCGGUGACUGGUCUGGGGACGCUCGCCAACCACAUGGCAGCCCUCGAUGCAAUUAACCCAACAAUCGAACGUAUCAACACCACUUCCUCAAUCCCAGGCUCCAACCAGAAGACCAGAAACAACAACGGCCUCGUCAACAUCGGAACGAAGAACCUCUUCUACCAAUUCCGCGGCCAGCCCGACGGCAACCCCAUAAUCUUCAUCCACGGCCUCGGCGGCUCCUCUGCCUACUUCACCCCCUUGGUCGACACACUAUCAAAAACACACGCCUGCCAUCUCACAGACCUCGAAGGCCACGGCCUCUCCCCGACAAACGGGCUAAGCAGCCUCACAAUCGCCUCUCUGGCAUCUGACAUCCAAACCCUUUACACGACCGUCUCAAGCCAGUCCGAAAAACCAGUCACCAUAAUCGCCCACUCAAUGGGCUGUCUCGUCGCCCUCAAACUCGCCCUCUCCUCCUUUCAAGCCCCGAUAUCAAACCUCAUCCUCCUCGGGCCCCCUCCCUCCCCGCUCCCCGCGUCAGCAAGUACCGCGACAUACGCCCGCGCCGAAACAGUACGCAGGGACGGCAUGCUCGCGGUCACAGACGCAAUCGUCAACGCGGGCCUUUCACAGCGUACAAAGGCGCAGAACCCGCUUGCUGUAACUGCCACGCGGCUGUCGCUGCUUGGCCAGGAUGCGGAGGGGUAUGCGAAGGCUUGUAUGGCACUUGCACGGUCGGCUGAGGAGACUCUGGAUGUAGAGGGGGUGGCGGGGGGUACGAGGACGUUGAUUGUGACGGGGACGGAUGAUGCGGUUAGCCCGCCUGCCUUAUGUGAGAAGUAUGCGCAGAGGAUUGGGAAUGGGAAUGGAAAUGGACCAGCAAAGGUGGUGGUGUUGGAGGGUGUAGGGCAUUGGCAUUUGCUUGAGGAUGUGACCAAGACUACAGACGCGGUUUAUGAGUUUCUGGGUGUAUAG